CUCCGGUCAGCAGCGCCCCCCGGUGGUGCGCUUCUCUCUCCGGGCAGCUGGGGGAUUUCCUGGGCGGAAGCAGCGGAGGGGGUUUCCAGUGUGAUCAGCCCAGUCCUCCCCGCUGGAUCUCGGAGUCUGGAUCCCACUAAACUUCUCUCUCCGCGGACUGACAGAACCGACGGAACCCGGAGAACCCUGAGCCCGAACCGGACCAUGAGGAGUCCGCCUGAGGCCCGGAUGCUCCACGGCAGCGGCAGGUCGACGGUUUGAAUCCCGGAGAGAGUCCGCCGAGCUGAGGAGCCGCUGAGCCGCCGAGCUGUGGCCUGCGGAGGAGAUUCAUGUCAUGUCAGCGGGGAGGAGUGCUGACGGGAGGGAGGUGCAGAUUCCCCUCCAGCAGGUGGCGCCCUCCCUUAUCCCGCCCCUCUCGGCAGCCCCUCCCAUCACCCCUCCCUCUCACCGCCCAGCCAAUCCCUGGCCUCCGAUCGAGUCCGCAGCCCAACAAGGUGUGCCUGCAGGCUUCCUGCCUCUUCAUGGAGGAUUCAGAGAUCAUUUCAUAGAAACUCCAGAAGCCAAAUACUGCUGCGAGGCCUGCAGGCUGGUCCUGUGUCAGCCCCGGCAGACCGAGUGUGGCCACCGCUUCUGUCAGAGCUGCAUCAACGACAUCCUCAGCCAUCAAAACCCGAUGUGUCCAGCUGACAGGGAGCCUCUGUUUAAAGACAAGAUCUUCAGAGACGUUUGCUGCCAUCGGGAGAUCAUGGCGCUGAAGGUUUACUGUCGCAGCGAAGCAAACGGCUGUCAGGAGCAGAUGAGUCUGCAACAGAUACCUGACCACCUGAACGUGUGUCCAUUCUUCGAGGUUCCCUGUCCGCUCGGUAAGUGUAAGGAGCGAAUGAUGAGGAAGGAGAUUCCCGACCACCUGAGCUGGAAGUGUAAACACAGAGAGACCACCUGCGAGUUCUGCGCAACCAAGAUGCCCUUGACUGACCUGCAGAAACACAAAGAGACGGUUUGUCCAGCGUUUCCAGUGUCGUGUCCCAACCACUGUUCGUUCUCCUCCCUGCCCCGGAGCGAGCUGUCCAGCCACCAACACGACUGUCCCAAAGCUCAGGUCAGCUGUCAGUUCCACCGCUAUGGAUGCACAUUCAAGGGUUUGAACCAGGACAUGAGGCAACAUGAGUCCACCUUCGCAGCUGAACACCUGAGAAUGAUGGCCAAUAGGAACUGCUCUUUAGAGAACAAGGUGGAGGAUGUGAAAGGUGAGCUGAUGGAGAGGUACAAGGUGCUUCCUGCUCUCAGCAGCCGACUCUCCGAACUGGAGAACCAGAACGAGGAGCUGCGAGAAAAGAACCGGCAGAUGGAGCAGAAACUGGCCACCAUGCAGAAACUAAUGAGCUCUCACUCGGAGAAGCUGCUGGAGGUGGAGCUGGAGCUUCGUUCCCUCCGUCUGCUCAGAGACGAGGUGGAGAAUCUGCGAGGAACCCUGGAGAACGUCCGGACGAGGCUCAGCGCCCUGGAACAAGGAGGACGCAGCGGAAGUGGAUCUACAACACACACUCUGGCCUCCCUGGAGACUCAGCUCAGUCGCCACGACGACAUGCUGAGCGUCCACGAGAUCCGAUUGGCCGACAUGGACCUGCGCUUCCAGGUGCUGGAGACGGCGAGCUACAACGGGACUCUAAUCUGGAAGAUCCGCGACUACAAGAGGCGGAAACAGGACGCCGUGGCGGCCAAGACGCUGUCGUUGUACUCGCAGCCGUUUUACACCGGAUACUUUGGCUACAAGAUGUGCGCUCGGGUUUACCUGAACGGAGAUGGGAUGGGAAAGGGCACACACCUGUCGCUGUUCUUUGUGGUGAUGAGGGGCGAGUACGACGCCCUGCUGCCCUGGCCCUUCAAACAGAAGGUGACUCUGAUGCUGAUGGACCAGGGUUCCUCCAGGAAACACCUGGGCGACGCGUUCAAGCCCGAUCCCAACAGCAGCAGCUUCAGACGCCCCAGUGCAGAGAUGAACAUCGCCUCCGGCUGUCCUCUGUUUGUGUCUCAGAGCGUCCUGGAGGCCGGCAGCUACAUCAAAGACGACACCAUCUUCAUCAAGGUUACCGUGGAUACCUCUGACCUUCCUGACCCGUGAUGUCAUGAUCACGCUGACCUCUGACCUCAGCUGGUCUGAGAUUAGCUCGCCAGUCCACGUCCAGCGGCGCAAAGGAUGAUGGGAAGGAUCAGUGAUGGUGGAGGCUCGUCCGGCUGUAGCGACGGUGACACGACAGAAGAAGAAGAGCAGACUGACAGGAAGCAGCCAAUCAGAGUGAACUUUACUGAGACCGGAGGGUGCAUCCUCAUCUGAUUGGCUGGUGGACUACAGAACUCUGUGUGUGUGUGUGUGUGUGUGUGUGUGUGUGCGCGCGUGUGUGUGUGUGUGUGUGAAUGGAUCAGUGUUGCUAUGAUGUCACCAUAGUGACAUCACUCAGAGCCAACAUGGCCGCCACAGUGAGGACGUUGUUGCUGCUCAUUACUGAUGCUGUGCAUCGAGCUUUACUUACUGUUUAUUACCCGUUUACCGAGGCAUGCUGGGAAUUCCACCACAGCCACAGAGGAGCUCAGAAGACCAGUAGAGACCAUUAUAGACCAGUAAAGACCAGCAGGACCCAGUAAAAACCAGUGAAGUCCAGUUGAAAUCAUUUCUAGAGACAACAAAGUGAACCUGUUAAAGAACCCAGUAGACACCACACAAGACCAGCCUGUCCCAGUAUAAACCAGUAAAGACCGGUAAGACGCAGAACAAACCACACAAAACCAGCUCGAUUCCGUACAAGCUCCAGGUUACCAGCUGAACCAGUUUACACCAGUAAAGGCUAGAUGGACACAAGAUAAACCAGUAAGGAGCAAUUAUACCUACUGUAAACCAUUAGAAACCAUACAAGAGUGGUACAGAUCAGUAACAUUCAGCAAAAACCGUUUUCAGAAGAACCUGUUGGACCAAGCACUGACUAAGAAAGACCAGUUAUACCCGAUUUAAACCAGUUAGACUCAAUAUAAACCAGUUAGACCAAAUAUAAGCCAGUUAGACUCAAUAUAAACCAGUUAAAGCCAAUAUUAACCAUUUAGACCAGGUAUAAACCAGUUAGACCUAAUAUAAGCCAGCUACAUCCAGUAUAAACCAGUUAGAACCAAUAUAAACCAGUUAUACCCAGUGUAAGCCGGUAAAUAUCUGGUAGAGUCGGUGCAAUAACUACAGAUAAUUAGAAACUGUCUACAGUGAAAAUGAGUUCCAGUAAAACCAGUAAAGUGACAGUUGAUGGUUUAUCAGGGCAUCGGUUUCCACAGAUUAUUAUUAAUCGUGUUUGUGGAAUUAACGUGACUCAGUUUGUGUCAUUUGUCAGGAGAAUCUGCUGUUCCAAAGUCAGCCUUCACUGUUUCUGUGUAAACUCAUUUAAGUAGUUCCUGUCACACUGACUAGCUUCGGCCACGUUAACUAGUUUCUCUCCGAGUUGCUUGUUUAUGUGAGACUAACUAGUUUCUGUCAUACCAGUCAGACUAACUAGCUUUGUCUGACUAGUUUCUGUCAGGCUAGCUAGUACAUAUGAGAGUAACUAUUUCAAACUGGUUAGUGGUUGUAGACUAUAGCCAAUAAUUUACUAGCAGCUGUAAGUCCUCAGGCUGAAGGGUUGGGUUAGGUAAGAUUAAGUUGGUUGGUUGACUUUUAAACAGGUCAGAAAGGACCAGUGUAGCUUAGAAGCAGUUUGUAGUGUUAACUUGUUGAACAGCUAGUUAACAUUGACUAUUUGAAGUGACAGUUGAACAGUUCAUCCUCAGACUGGAUCACAGUUGAGCCUGAUAAGAGUUCUAUGUGUUUAAGUGAAGGACUAGUUAAGGCUUGAAAGGUGACAGGAAGUCUGUAAGUCUCCCAGUUAAUGGACCUGAUGUCCUGACGUGGACAAAUCCAGAUGAAACAGACGUAGAGAGACAGAACCAGCAGCACAGUCCAGUCCAGCUCCUCUGUGGCCUCAGUGAGUUUUUCAGUGUCGACAGAAUUCGUCCGACUCGUUCGAUUCAUUUGCACAGUUUGAAUGUUUCAAUGUACAAAUAAAAAACUGACAGGAAA